AUGAAUGCUCCGGAACCCCCUAAUAUAGUGAAGAAACCCCGGUCUAUUACUAGUUUGUAUCUUGAUCUCAUCAUCAUUGAACCUAAUGUUGAUGUGUCUAAAGAUUGUCCUACUGUGACAAAUGUUAUGGAAGAUGUUGAAGCCUCUGAAACCAGCAAUAUGCCUAGAUCUAUAACUACCUUGAGUAAAUCUAGCAUGAUCGUUGUUGACAGAGAUGAUGUUGAUAAGAAUAUUCGUGUUUUGAUCUCUCAAAUAAAUGUGAAUGCACCUACUUUAUCUCCUGAGAAAUCGCAAGACAAAGAAAGGUCUGGAGAAAUGACUAAUGAUUUGGGUGACAAAGAUAAAAACCUUGUUGAGAAAAAUGAUCAGCCCACUGACAUAGUAAAUGUUGAGGAAUUGGACUCUGAUGACGUUCCUAUCGGGCAAAGACUGGCUCCUGGUAUAGCUAAAAGGUUGAAAAAGAUAAAAGGCCAAGUUGUUGAAUCCUCCAGCACACCCUCCAUAUCUGUUAGGAACAAAGCAAGUGUUGGUCCCACAAAAACAUGGAGCAAGGUGGUUACUCCUGUAUCUAAGAAGAAAUCACUGAAAAGGAAGGAAGUUACCUCUGAGUCUAAUGAAUUUGAUCAUGAUGUCGAACAUAAUGUUCAGGACAUCAUCUCUACUUCCAGAAAGCACGCCUCUGGGAAGAAGAUACUAGUUAAUAUUCUUGAAGUUCCAAUUGACAACAUUUCAUUUCACUAUGUGGAGAAUGUUGGAAAAUGGAAAUUUGUUUAUUAA